UGCACUGUACACAUUACAUAUUUCUAGCAAACAUGAAAAUGAACAAAACAAGGAGUCUAGAUAAGCGGAGAUAAAUUGGAGCCAGUUUAUUACUAAAUACAGUGUAAAAUGGACAGAGCUUUCAAUUGGUGCCUCUCUAGACUCUUCCCCCGUGUCUGUUUUUGACUACUGGAACCACAUAUAGUGAAAAAUUAAACGACUAGAAUAGUGGGACAAUUAUUUGGUAGAGAUCCAAAAGCAAUUGUGUUCAGAGUGAUGUUUAAACCAAUGUCAGGGAAGGCAAAUACCUGGCUCAAUGCCAGCACCUUUGUAAAGCAUAUUAGCUCAGAUGAAAAGUUAGACUCCGAGGCAGAAAGAGAGAGCCAAAGAGCUCCUGGUGCUUAUACUCACCUUGCUUGUGUUUUCUUCUGGGCUGGGAUUAGCUGGAUACAUGCAUGGUUGCAUAACGUGGCUGAGGAGUACACUUUUGCCAAAUGUUUCCACUAGAUUUCUGCUCCCUUUCCAGGUGGACAGCCGGCUGCUGAUUCCUCUUCAAGCACGGAACCUAGAUAAUGCGACGACGUGUUCACUGCCAGUGACAAUGACCAUGACCCUUCACACAAAAAGCUCUGGGGUUGCCUUAUUGCACCAAAUACAAGGCAAUGAAUUGGAGCCUCUCAGCAGACCACAGCUAAAGAUUCCUUUGGAACGACCGAUCAGCGAAAUGUACGUGGACAGCAGCAAGCCUGGGGGGUUUAACUACCCAGACGGUGCUGCCUACGAUUUUUCCACUGCCGCUCCAGUGUACAGCUCAACCAGCCUCAGUUAUGCCCCUGCAAGCGAAUCAUUUGGCACCAGCAGCCUGGGAGGAUUUCAUUCCCUGAACAAUGUUCCCCCAAGCCCUGUUGUCUUUUUACAGUCGGCUCCACAACUUUCGCCUUUUAUUCAUCACCACAGCCAACAGGUACCUUAUUACCUUGAGAAUGAAGCAACCAGCUUUGCCAUGAGAGAAGCUGCCCCAACAGCGUUCUACAGGCCUGGCUCGGAGACCAGACGUCACAAUGGCAGAGAGCGAAUGACUAGCACCAAUGAAAGGGGAAACCUGUCUAUGGAGUCUACCAAGGAGACCCGCUAUUGUGCUGUUUGCAAUGAUUAUGCCUCUGGCUACCAUUAUGGGGUUUGGUCCUGCGAGGGCUGCAAAGCCUUUUUUAAAAGGAGCAUUCAAG